AUGCGCACUUUGAAAGUGUUAGGUAUUAUUCUCGGUUGUAUAAUUGUCGUGGGAGUAGUAGUAGGGAGUUUAACAUGGGGCAUUUUGGCGAACAGAGGUCCAGAGCCUCCGGAAUUGAAGGAAUUAGAUUGGUGGGAACAUACUAUUAUUUACCAGAUAUACCCUAGGUCCUUUAAGGACAGCGAUGGCGAUGGUAUUGGUGACUUGAAAGGUAUUAUAAGUGAGCUUCAUCAUUUCGUUGAUGCUGGUGUGGGCGCUAUAUGGAUGUCACCUAUCUUCGUCUCUCCUAUGGUCGACUUCGGCUACGAUAUCAGUGACUUCUACAAUAUACAUGACGAGUACGGAACCAUGGAUGAUUUCGAGGAGUUGGUUGACAAAGCUCAUAAUUUAGGUAUCCGAGUAUUAUUAGACUACGUUCCCAACCACGCCAGUAACGAAUCGCAAUAUUUUAUACGUUCUCAAGCGAGAGAGCCCGGAUACGAAAAUUAUUUUGUUUGGGCGGACCCCGUCAUGGUCAACGGUACUCGAACUGUUCCUUCCAAUUGGAUCAGUCAAUUUGGCGGUACAGUGUGGGAAUGGGACGAAAUCAGACAACAGUACUAUUUGCACCAGUUUGCGAAAGAACAAAUAGAUUUCAACUUUAGAGAACCAGCAGUAAGGCAAGAAAUGCUAAAUAUAAUGCAGUUUUGGUUCGAGAAAGGUGUAGAUGGCUUUAGACUGGACGCCAUUCCGCAUCUCUUUGAAGCUAAUCCUGACGACUAUGGAGGUGUCUACCCAGACGAACCGUUGAGUGGAAAUAUGUUCUUGAAUCCUAACCAACCUGGGUACACCACACAGGAAUAUGUAAGAGACCUAAUAGAGCUUUACGAUGUUGUGUACGAAUGGAGGGAUUUUGCUGACAAAUGGAAACAAGAUAACAACGCAGAUACCAAAAUAUUAUUAGCGGAGGCGUACGCAAAUAUAUCAAUGACGAUGUUGUAUUACGGAGACGAGCAGGGCAGGCUCGGAGCGCAUUUCCCCUUUAAUUUCGAUUUCAUCACAAGUCUCUCCAGUCAAUCUACCGCUCGAGACUUCGUUUAUGUAAUCAAACGCUGGCUCACUUAUAUGCCUCAGGGAGAAGUUGCUAAUUGGGUCUUCGGCAAUCACGACCAGAAAAGAAUGCCUUCAAGAUUCCGAACUGAUAUGGUCGAUGGUCUCAAUGCUUUAAACAUGAUGCUUCCUGGUGUCGCGAUCACGUACCAAGGAGAGGAAAUCGGCAUGAGAGAUGGAUUCGUCAGCUGGAAUGAUACCGUGGACGUACAAGCAAUAAAUCAGGGCAAUGAGGACAACUAUUUGGAGUUUUCUAGAGAUCCAGCAAGAACGCCAUACCAUUGGGAUGGCUCAGCAAAUGCUGGGUUCACCACUGGACCCAAAACCUGGUUGCCAGUUGCAGCCGAUUAUCGAGAAAUUAACUUGCAAGCUCAAAAGGCUGCAUCGAGGAGCCAUUACAAGGUCUACCAAUCCCUAACGUCAUUGCGGAGAGAACCAGCUCUGUCUCACGGCAGUUACUUCAUCCAAGCCUUGAGCGAAAACACCCUGAUUCUGGUCAGAUAUCUGGUCACACACGACACGUAUGCCCUGAUAUUUAACGUAGGCACUUCCAGGGAAACCGUGGAUGUGUCUAAUGUCCCAUACUUAAGAGAACCUCUCACUGUCCACGUGUCUAGUGUCCAUUCAAAUCGUGUUAACGGGGACAGAAUUCCUUUCGGUGAAGUGUCGUUACAGGCUGGGGAAGCCUUAAUAUUACGUGCAGCGCCGGUUUAAUGUAAA